ACAUAUAAUGAUUUUUUGGAUAAUUAAGAUAGGUAACUUAUGAAUUUUAUUAGUUUUCAUCAAUACAAGUUCAAAUUAAGAAAUGAAAGUUCAUAUAACUAUCUUACAUUUUAGAUUUGAACAUUGCCAGCCUAAUUUAAGAGUAGCUUUCUUGACAUCAUUCUAUGUCAAUCUAAGCCGAUUUUUUUUUUUUUUUUUAACUUAAAGAAUUGUCCCCUCUGCCCAACAUCGACAAAAGAUUCUCCUCCCCAGAAGCCGCUUCAUAUUCAGCGCCAUCCUUUACUUUCUCGGCUUCCAAACAAUCCCUUCGAUUUCUAUUCCUCCAUCCGCCUUCGACUGACAUGUCCACCCAAAUCAUCGAGCACGUCGUCCUGUUCAAGGUCAAAGACGAGACCGAGCCUUCCAAUGUCACCGCCAUGGUCGACAGAAUCAACUCCCUCGUCUCCCUCCCCCAGGUUCUUCACAUCGCCAUGGGGCCGCUUCAUCGACUCCGAUCCUCCUCUCUCACUUUCACUCACAUGCUUCAUGCCCGGUACAACUCCAGAGCCGACCUAGACGCCUACACCACCCAUCCCGCCCACGUGUCAGUCGUCAAGGCCAACGCCCCUUUCUGCGACGACACCAUGGCUCUCGAUUGGGUCGCCCACGACCUCCGGGGAGAUCUGGUUCUUCCACCGGGCUCGGCGGUGCGAGUCAGGUUCUUGAAGCUGAAGGAAAACUCGAGCGAUGAGGUCAAGAACGAGAUCUUGGGGGUUCUGAGAGAAAUUGAGGAUAAAUUCAGUGAAAUCAGUCAGUUCAGCUGCGGGGAAAAUUUCUCGCCGGGAAGAGCAAAAGGAUUCUCGAUCGGUUGGGUGGCAGUAUUUGGAGGAAUAAGGGAAUUGGAGGCGGUGGAUUCGAAUGAGGAAUGGGGAAAGUAUGAGAAGGAUAAGAUUGGAGAGUAUGUGGAGAGGGAGAUGGUGAUGGAUCAGGUCGUGGCAUCACGAGAGGCGUAAUCUGGAAACAUCGGUCGAGCCACGAUCAACUUCUGUAUUUGAGCCUAUCGUCAAAAUCAGAUUCGAGACAAAAUCUAGUGUUGCUUGAUUGUCAUGGAGUAAUGUUAUAUAUGCGCCUGCUUCUCUGCGAGAUCUUCCAAGAUUUGUAUCAAUGUAAUGGAAAUAAUUGUAUGAUUCCACAAACUCCUUUUGAUAAAAGC